CUGUGCAUGCGCGCUGCCAGAAUCUGCAUCCUCUCCUCCGUCCGCCUCUUAUCCUCGCGUUCCGACUCGGUGAGGCCAUCUCGCCAUGAUAAGACAAGGUUGCUAGCGUCCCGGACAAUCUUGGUUAAUAGUGGGAUGUAGGAGUGUGAAGGUGAUGUUUUCUUCAGCUUUAGCGGCGCCGGCCUCGGCCUCGGCCUCUUAGACGCUUUGAGCUUGCCAUCCUCAACAGUGCUGACUUGAAUAAUGGGAGGGCCAUGAACGAGCAGGUCCGUCAUUGCGGGGAAAUGACGGCAGAGAGGAGCCGGGAGAGGAGGAGGAGGAGGAGGAGCGGGAAGGGAGAAGAUUGGUUCGCAGGCUGUAGUAGGUGGGCAGGUUGGAGGUACGAGAGAGGGUGUCGUUUUUCAGGAUGUGAGGCAUUCGGAGCGAGGGUUGGAUGGGUUGAGUGGUUUCCUCGUGGCUGAUCUGGACACGCUUGGGCUUACAACGGGUGACGUAGCGUUGGUUUAAGGGUCAACGGUCACGGAGGACGGGCGGGCGUUUGAGUAAGUUUGUCGUGGUGGGAGUUGAGUUGACGCGCCGCGAGUCGAGGGGACACCGUUGGGUAUCUGUAGCCGCAACUCCUGGCAGACAGUAGAAGAAAAGCAAAACAGGGUGACGGGGUAUCAGGGAACAUUUUGAUGUCGUUCCGGCGGCUGGAGCAAAAGGACGAAACAGGCCACCUGACGAUGUGCCGCCGACAGGGAUUCAACGGGCACUGAAGACGAACAAAGACAGAAAAGGCGUGGGCGUGGGGAAAGAUGGGAUGCAGCAGGCGGGGCGGUCUGGGGCACGCAGCUGACCCCAGAAUCUCAGUCUGGGCAUUUUCAGCAGCCCGCCCCACCACUGCCCACCAAUCAGUGCCCGACAGCCCAACAGGUCAACACCUGGUGUGAUGGGAAUCUCCGUAUCGCUAGGUGUGAAGAAGCAGGUUUUAUUACACUGCCAGACUGGAGAGGCCAGACGAUCUUCUUUCCAUAUACAGAGACUCCGUCUGUAACUCGGAAAUCCAUGACCUCAGCACCUGAAAAGAUUGCACAGAAAUGGAGACUGUGUGUAUAGCCGAGCAAUGUGAAGGCGAGACAUGCGAGGCACUGCUUCGCUGGGUUGCACUUGGGUGGUAGCGUAAGGUAAGGUCGGGUAGCUGGUGGCAGGAUGGAAUGCGGGGGACGGAGUCGCUCGCUUGAGGCGUCUCUCCCGCAUUAUGAAGAACGGGCAUUACUCCCUGUGAAUUCAUCAACGUCGGACCUGGAAAGUGGUUCAUGAAAAGGGCAACGCUUGAUGCUCUGCUUGGAGACCUGAGUCAGGCUUGUGGUACGUAUGAAAAGCCGGAGAUAUUCCCGAUAUCCAGUGUAGCGGUUGGGCAACUGUAGAACACGAAGCAAGGCAAACCUUUCUUUUCACAUGUCAGCGGCCGUCAAAGCAUGUGCUUGAUAUCGAACUGCGGGGGAAUUCACCGCUUGACCUCUGGCUGCCAACACAUAGAUCAUAAGUCACCUACUCGUACUCGACAUAUGGUAAUUGGCUUCACAACAUAUGGAAAGAAAAGAACCCAGAUUUGUUCCUGUCUUUGUUGGGCGUCUCGAUCCUCAAGAGGGCCCAAUGUCGCGGUUGUGAUUUGCGGGUCCGGGCCGUCAACCUGGAAGUCCGCUGAUGACACAAUGCUAAGCUAUCAAUUCGAAGGGGCAUACGUGGCUGGAUCAAUGCAUUUGCUCUCUAGAAGCGAGACGUCGACAAGCCCAAAAUUCCACUUUAGAGCAGUUUCUGUGGUUGUGAAGGUCGAUUAAAGACAAGGAUGGCGGAUCUUGCGGAUCUGCGCGGUCAUCAGCCGCUUUCUGAUUGGCCAACCGAGACCCACCCAACCGGCAGUCAGAUUUGGGAAGACCUUUCGAGGUGCAAAUUGGAAAGAUAACGCGCGUCCAACAGCAUCAACUCUGCGGCGACGACAUGGCGAAUUGCUUCAGCCCAACUCCCUCGCUCAUGGCAAGCUGAAGCUUGCUUGGGGGUAUGCAGCAAGAAAAUGCUGCCAGAACCCAACAUCACCUUUACGGUGCCGAGUCUCCACGACGCCCUCGACAUCGACUGUCGUGUCUACCACCCCGAGUCACUCGCGCCCACGUCUGAUGCCGCCCAAUGGAAGAAACACGCCGCCAUCUUUGCACAUCCCUAUGCACCUCUGGGCGGCAGCUUCGAUGAUCCCGUAGUGGGAAUCGUUGCAAGUGCUCUUUUGCGGAUGGGCUUCUUGGUUACGACCUUCAAUUUCAGAGGGGCUCAUGGAUCGGCUGGAAAGACAUCCUGGACGGGAAAGGCAGAACAGGCCGACUACAAGUCAGUGAUAGGCUUCGUCACCCAUUACGUUCAUUUCCUGAACCCAUAUCCGCAUAUUACUCUCCGACGGUCCCAUUCUGAAGUUCGCGAAAACGAGGUCGAACUGGAAGGCAGAGUUGCAGCCAAGAUUCAGCUUCAGCCGCCCACUCCUGAGCCAACAUUGAUGGAAGCUACCCCUCUUUCUGCUGCCAGCACGAAGCCUGUUCUUCUGAUGGGCGGUUAUUCGUACGGCUCUAUGAUCACUGCUCAACUACCGGAAAUCGAACCGGUUAUGGCUUUGUUUGAGACACCUGAAAACGGAACGCCGGCUGCUGAGAUCCGAUUGAGGGCAGAGCAUCUCGCCGAGAAGCAGAACACAACUUUGGCUGACCUGCGCGCCGAAUUUGUGGACCGCCAGCACGCCGGAUCGCCGCGGCGGACUGGGGGCCUCCGUGUUGGCGGCAUCGAGGAUAUUCGUAGGCCCCAUGAGCCCCGACGUUCACUGUCCGUCGAGCUUGAGGAGAGAAUACGGCACGGGAUUGAAGAGCUCAUGGCCAAAACCAAGAAAGGACCCAAGGCAUCCCAACUGACCGAGAUUAGGGACGGUGAUGGUCCAAAUUCCACUCGUGAUGCAGCCUGUUCAACCUCGAAGCAUGCCGCUACAGAUCACCUGCCCUCUAUCAUAGGACGAACUCAGUAUCGACCGGCAUAUCUUCUGGUGUCACCUCUUCAGGGCAUAGUUACAAACUUCAUUGCCAUAUCGGUCCCUACGCAAAUUUCCAGCCUUGCUCGGAAGGCCUGGAAUCGGCUCCCAGCCAAGCCUGGCAAAAAAUCUGCUACGUCGCCAGAAGCUCCAAAGCCAAUUGUAGACAACCCGGAGAAUAAGUUGACCCAACAUGACACUCUGGUAGUAUACGGCGACAACGAUGUCUUUACGCCCGUCCGAAAGCUCAGGACUUGGACUGCCCGGUUGCAGGCGGUACCCAACUCCAAGUUUCGAGGUGUUGAGGUGUACAGUGCAACGCACUUCUGGGCACAAGCGAAGGUCGCCCAAACCUUGCGCGAUGCUGUCAUCGUGUUUGCCCAGUCUCUGCUCGCUGAAACAUGAACCACUGGAUCUCAUUGACCAUCAAGUACAAAUGCCAAAAGCCUAUCAAAACACGGGAACAGGAACACCACCAAACCCAAACCUCAUGCGCCUAGUGCAUACUCUACAAACUACGGAGUGCGAAGACUCUGUUGUUCACUGCCUUCUGUGUCACAGGGCACUCAUGGCUCAACCACUCCCAAGCAUGGGGCACGCCUGGAUAGAGAUGGAACUCGACGUCCACCUUGCCCGCGAGCAGCUUGGCGCCAAAUGCAUUCACCUCGUCCUUGAACAAGUCCAACCCUCCAACAUCAAGAUAAGUCGGCGGCAACCCAGACAGAUCCUCAGCCCUUGCCGGCGCUGCAUACACGCUCGCGUCAGGACUACUCACAGUUCUGGCACCGGCACCGCCCAAAUAAGCCUGCCAGCCGAUUUCAUUCUUUUUGUUUGUCCAUGUCAGGUGCUCGUUCAGCGGAUGGUCCUCCCGGAUGCGCGUUCUGUCAUCGAGCAUGGGGUAUAUCAACACCAGCUUCUUGAUGGCGGGCACAAACUUCUUAUCGCGAGCCUCGAGUGCCAAGCCAGCGGCCAGACCACCCCCGGCGCUGAUUCCCAUAACACCAAUUCUCUUUGGAUCGAUGUUCUGUUCUUGUGCAUUGUCGCGGAGGAACUCCAAGGCAGCGUGCGCAUCUUCCAGCGGUUUUGGGAAAGGGGCCUCGGGAGAGAGCCGAUAAGCGGGAGCAUAGAAGGUCAGCCUUGUCUCGGCCGCAUAGCGGAUGAUGUCUUUUCUGAAGGAUGUAACCGAGCCGGAGACAAAGCCACCUCCAUGGAGAUAGAGGACGCAAGGACGUCCAGCUGGUGCCGGUGUUGAUGAAGAUGCUGGGGGGUCGAAGCGGUGGAGUUUGAGCUCAGUGCCGUCGGCCGACUUGUAUGAGAGUUCUGUUUCGGCAACUCUGCUUCUCGCCGGGCAGGGGAAGAGGCUCAUGACGGUGUUGAUCAUGAAAUCAUUCUGUUUGCGGAGUGAUUCAGCGUCAGUUGGGACGGGUGGGACAUAUGAUGCAUAGGGUGCUAUGGCCCUGGCAUAGUCGGCGUCAAGACUGAGCUUUUGGUCGGAAGACAUGUUGGAGAUGUUUGGCUUCUGGAGGAGAAGGAGAAGGUACUUUUCAGAAAUAAGAGCGAUGUUCAUCUCCUACUUUCAACCUAUAUAUGCAUAUUAUUCCUCUCACCUCCGGGGACCAUAACGACGCGUACGAACCGAGACAAAACCGGACCGGGCCGUUUUGCAAGGACCGAGCGUUGGUCUUUCCCUGGGUUUUAGCGCUGCGGAAUUCUCAGCAUUGGCGACUGUUGGCACACCGUUACAAACGGCUCGUGCUUUAGGGCGAAAGGCAAACUUCAAGUUCCUGAGCACGUUUUGUUCGGAGCAUUCCCCGGG